CGCUCCAUAGACACAUGGAUCACGCCUAACUCUUGUAAACAAGCAGUUAGAGCUAGAAAGAAGCACAACAUAUACCCAUCGCAGAGACCAUCUUGAGGGCAGAUAGGAUGGGAAUCGACAUUCCCGUGUAUGAUCUCUCACUGAUACGUGAGCUUUGGGAGACCCGAGUGAAGAAGCAUAAACAGCGGCAGAGGAAGGAGCAGGAAAGGAUCAGUAAAAGUGCUCUGGCCAAAGACAACACUAUAACUUGGGCUGUUGGUUCUUAGGAUAAAUCAGCAAUGGCAGUAUCGUAUAACAUGCAGAAAAAUGAAGAUCAACGAAGUCAAUGCGCUCCACUGCUAUCUGGAGAGAUCAGCUUUUGCAGAAAUGGACAUUCUACCUACAGUUGACACAACAGGCCUUGAUAGUGAAGAUAAGAAAUUCAUUUUUGAGCUGAAUGGAAAAAAAUGGAGGAAACUACCAGAAGAUCUUCAAUACAUGACGUUUCUCAGGGAAUGGCAUAUUCAUGGAACAAGAGUUCAAAAGAUUCCCACCUUCAUUCAAGAGUUUGUGUAUUUGCGUGUCCUGGAUAUGCCUAAAAAUGGAUUCACAAUCCUCCCCCCUGAGAUAGGAAAACUGGUUAACCUGAAGGAACUGAAUGUGAAUUACAAUAAGCUAUCAAGCAUUCCUCCUGAGCUUGGAGAAUGUGAGAAUCUGGAGAAACUGGAAAUUACAGCAAAUAUUGAUCUCAGUGAAUUGCCAUUUGAGCUGAGCAACCUAAAAAAACUUAAACAUCUAGACAUAGCAGAAAACAAAUUUGCCACCAUACCAGUCUGUGUGCUCCGGAUGUCAAGUCUGCAGUGGUUGGACAUCAGCAACAACAGACUCACAGAUUUGCCAGAGGAUAUUGACAGGCUAGAUGAGUUACAGACACUGUUUCUGCACAAGAACAAAUUGACAUACCUACCAAUGGUAAUGGGAAAUAUGGAUGCACUCAAGAUGCUUGUGGUCAGUGGAGGUGAACUAAUCAGUACACCUUCCAAACUCCAUGACAACCCAAACAUCAAAUUCAUCACAUUAUUUGAUAAUCCUUUAAGCAAGGGUGAUGAUGAGGAUGAGAAAGCAGUCCACAGUGAUGACACCACAGAGCAGGAAUAUCACGAGAAAGAGUUUAUGCAUACGUAUAUUGAGACUCUAAAGGAUCGAGCUACAGCACCAACAUACACAACUAAAGUGUCCCUGACUUGCCUCCUUUAAUCCACCUGAAGACAACCUGGACAUCAGCAAUAGGAAUAAUGCCUGAAAAAGCUGUUAAACAAUAUAACUAUUACAAAAAUGAUCACUGCAAGAACGUAACACAAAAGUUGUUACAAUGUUACAACCAUAUCUCAGUCAUCCUCACUUGCAAGAUGCAUGUCACAUUGUGUGGUUGUGUUCACAGAAGAUGAGGAGUUCUUUGUUUAUGUAUUUUCUAGUUUAAAUGUGUGAGCGCAUGACUUCUGUUGGCUGGUACUGAAUGAAUGACUGUAGCGUCUCGCAAUAUUCAGCAUAUAUAGAAGAUGACCAGUUUUUAGGUCUAGUGUAUUUACGUGACCAAAUAUUUGUUGCUGGACAAUGGCCUAAUUAGCUGGAGCAACUUAGGUGAACAUUCGGUUAAAGAUUUGAAGUGUAUUGAGGAUUAUGACUUUGUAAAAUAUCUUUCUCAUUAUGUCUCUUUGAACAACUGAAAGUUAAAGGGGCACUGUUUGUAUCUCCUUUAGUCAAUAACUGUUGAUAUGCGCAAUACGCAAUGUGCAGUGCCAUGCAAGAGUCUGAGACCACCCUUCUGUUAUGUUAUUUCCAAUCAAAAUGCCCAUUUAUUACAAAUUAUGCAUUUUCAGGAGAUAUUUCUGAGAUUAGAUAGAUAAUCCACUUGCAUAAGGAAAUCUAUUUAUCAAGUUUGUAGGUGUACAAAAAUAUCCCUGUCAAUGUCUAAAAGAAAAAAAAAUAAAGACAGCUUGGGUGGACACACUAAA